AUGCUUGCUUUGACAACUAUCAAAUAUGAUAUAAUUAAUUCUCCUGAUAAUAGUUCAUUUAAUCCUUCUGGUAAUGAUUCAUUUGAUUCUUCUGAUGAUAGUUCAUUUAAUUCUUCUGGUAAUGGUUUGUUUAGUUUUUCUGAUAAUAGUUCAUUUGAUGAUAGUUUGUUCAGUCUUUCUAAUGAUAGUGAUUCAUUUGAUCCUUCUAAUGAUAGCAGUUCAUUUAAUAAAUUUAGAAUCUUAUAA